UUCCGUUGACUGUGACUGACUUGUGCAACCAACGGACACAUCGCGAAAUUUUACCAAGAAUCCAAUCAAAAUGACGUCAUCAAGAAUGCACGGAAAGAGCAGUUCAGGCAUCACUGCACUUCUGGUUCUCUUAGUCGUCGUAUGUCUCGUACAAAGUGCUACAGAGCAGCGAAUUAAUAGAGGUAGCAAAUCCGCAAGCCUUAUUGAGAAAGUCAACGGGUGGCGCAGUCAACGCGGAGGAUCCUGUUUAAGCUAUGGACAUUCUUGCUGGGGAGCUCAUGGCAAGCGGUCAGGUAAAUCUCUCUCCAGCGCUCCUGAUUGGUAUCUAACUAGGAUCCUGCGCAGUAUGGCUGCAAACACUGAAAUGGACCGUUCCCGCCACGACGAAGCGAAAAACGCCGAACUCAACGACAUCUUACGGAUGGAGGUGACUGGCGAUGUAUCCCCUAUAAACACCCAAAUGUUCGAGAACGGAGACUCUCCUGUUAUGGUGCGAUCACGGAACCUGGAAGCCAAACCCAUGCUGGAUGACAACGUGCUUGCCAACAUGAAGAUGUGGCAACUACUGAGGCAGACAUCGGAAGAUAAAUAAAUACGAAGAA